AUAUAUAUAUAUAUAUAUAUUGUGACAGUGUGGCGAUCUGUCACACCGGGAUUCCCAACAAGGCAGGUUGAGGGGCUCCAGGGUAAGUGUUUGAUACAGAGGAAAGUAGCUUUUCACUUUCCUCAUUUGUUUGUAAGGUCCAAUUUGGGACCUGGAACCUGGAGAUUUCAAAGCAAUUUGGGAGGGAAGAAAUCUGCAAUCCUGGAACCAGGUUUUGGGAAUGGCCAGGACACUGAUUGCACAUGUGUGUGCAGGCCUUUUCAUAGAGGCCUAACCCAUGAUUCUGGGCUCCCGGCAGACAGGAGUCAGGAGGGCUCCACCCUGGCAGACAGGAGUCAGGAGGGCUCCACCCUGGCAGACAGGAGUCAGGAGGGUUCCACC